ACUACGCCGUAACGACACGUGUCGUUUCAGCGAUUCUUCAAACUCUUUAACAAACAGUCCUUUAUACCUUCACACUCAUAUUUUUUUUCUGCAAAUCUCUCUCUCGAGGAGAAAUCAUUACUCAAGAGGAUUUCUGCAAUGUCAGUGAAUUCGGAUCAAAAUCUCAAAGUUGUUAGUGUUGAUGAUCAAUCAGGAAAUGAAACCCUAAUGAAAAAUCGAAAUAAUCUGAAUUUAGUUUGUGAAUCGGUUAUUGAUGAUGGGGUUAGGGUUUUUGGAGAAGGUAAUGAUGUUGUUAAGGGUUUAAGAGUGGAAAUGGAAGGUUUAGGUGUGGAGAUUGACUUGGGUCCAUGUGAUCUCGAAGGUGGAAUGGGGUUUGCAGGGUAUGGUCGGCUUGACGGUGAGCUUGUGGUUGAUUUGACGAGAUUUUCACAACUUACACGAAGGGGGAAUAUAGUAGAAGGAGCCGACAACAUGCAAGAGGUAUCAGGUGGGACAAAUGGAUCUGUUCGUGAUGGUAGAACAGUCAACUUUAAUGAUGGUAUACAUGUUGGGCUUGAUGCUGUCAUUCCAGAAAGACGAGAGGUUAAGCACAGAAUGGAAGAUGAAGGGAAGUUUAACGUGUCCGAUUUAGUAUGGGGUAAGGUGAGGAGUCAUCCUUGGUGGCCUGGGCAGAUAUUGGACCCUUCUGCUGCAUCAAACAGCGCAAUGAAAUAUUUCAAAAAGAAUUGCUAUCUUAUAGCUUAUUUUGGUGACCAGACAUUUGCAUGGAAUGAAGCAUCUAGCAUUAAGCCAUUUCAGAUGUACUUCUCUCGAAUGGAGAAACAGUGCAACUCAGAAAACUUUUCUCAUGCAGUGAACUGUGCUCUAGAUGAAGUCUCUAGACGGGUUGAGUUAGGGCUCGCCUGCCCAUGUUUGCUGGAGGAAACCCGAGCAAAAAUGGAAUGUCAGAUUGUUGCAGUGGCUGGUAUCCAGGCGGAAUCAAACAUGAGAAUUGGAAGUGACAACUUUUCAGAUCAAACCCCAUUUAACCCUGCCGAACUUGUUAGAACACUCAAGUCAGUAGCAGCAGCUCCACAUUCCCGGCUUGACAGGUUGUCGUUUGUGUUGGCAAAAGCUCAGUUGGUGGCCUUCAAUCGCUGGAAUGGUUAUAAUGAGCACCCAGUAAUAGAAGAACUUUGCGAUUUGUUUGAGAAUGAUAAUGAUGUUGAACCACUGCCUGGAAAGAAAGAUGCUAGUGAUGUGGUGUCGGAGGAAAAUUCUAAUGUCCAAGGUACUUCCUCAACAAAGCGUCCUCGUUGCUCGGGGAUAGCUGAUCAUCCUGGUAAAAAGGUAAAAUCAAUGUCCAUGUUGGUGUAUGGGAGCAGUUCACGUAUAUCAAAUGAUCAGAAGAAAUCUAGAGGGAUAGCUGGGCGAGAGAGGAAGUCUGUGUCGUCUGAGAAGAGACAUUUAACAUCUGAAUAUAUGCCUAGCAAUUCAAAGGCAAAAAGAAGGAAAAAAGAAUUAUCACAAAGCAGUCGUAACAAGAUCUCUUUACCAUCUCAUAAAGCUGCAAGGCGAAAUCUCAAGUCUAUUGACAGAAACUCACGAAGAACUAGUGAGCAUAAUGAGAACUCGAGAAAUAUUGGUUUUGGAGAUUCAGUACUUGGUCUUGUGAAAUCUGAAGGAGCACAGUUGAUUCCAAAAAAGCUCCCUUCUUCAACAGAAAUGCUCUCAAAGCUCUAUUCGGCAGCCAGGGAUCCCAUGAAUGCGAGUAGUAUUUUGCUGUCACAAGCUAGUUUGUUCUGUGAUUAUAGGAAUUUAACUUGCUCUGAAACUACCGUGUCAGCAGACCACUCAAAGCUGACAGAAAAGCACAUAGGACAAAAUCCAUCCAACUUAGCUACUGAAACUUUGUUGAUAGAAGGUAUUGAGGACUCAUAUUGGACUGAUAGGAUUAUUCAAUGCAACCCCGAAGAUCAAGUGUUAUUUGAAUCAGAGGUCCAAAAUGAGGAGGAUUUUCCUAAUGCUAAAUGGGAGAUUUCUCCUGGCUUGAGUACGAUCUUGGACCAUAAACAAGAAGUAGGCCCGUCGGUUGAGAAUUCAGAAAGAGAAAAUUUAUCUGAUCUUGUGGAUGGAAGUUCCGAAUACUCCCCAACCAUGCUGAUUCUUAAGUUUUCUGAUUUAGAAUCAGUUCCUCCCGUAGUAGAUCUAAACAUAAUAUUUAGUCAGUAUGGUCCACUUUGUGAAUCUGAGACCAAGCUUAUUCACAAGAGAAAACAAGUAAAAGUUGUUUUCAAAAGGCGUGCCGAUGCUGAAACUGCUUUUAGCAAGUCAGGGAAAUUCAGUAUUUUUGGUCCAUCACUCAUCAGUUACCGCCUACAGUAUUCACCAUCACCAUGCAAAGCAUCUUGUACCUCUAAACGUAAAAGGAAGUAUGCAGCAUCAUUAGCAGUGAAUGGCGUUCGAAAGUGAAGUAAGAUGAAUUCUUCAUUACGUAAGUUGUUGGAUUUCCCUGUCGGAUUAAUUAGUUAACUUGUUAGCUAUGUUAAUAUGAUUUUUGUUGCACAUAGCUGAAAUUAACUACUGACUGUUUUGUCUACUUAGAAAUGUUUUAGAUAGAGAAAAAUAGACUGGGAAAUAUCCCUUUUAUUUGUGUUCAACUAAGAAUUUUGUGUCUAUAUAUUUGUUUAACCCGGAAAUAUAAUAUAUUUUGGCAUCUAGUCAUUUCGGUAUACUUGAUGAAUUGGUUUUGACAGUUCAAAUUUCUUCAUAUUAAUGAAGGUAAGAUGCACUUACAAUUGAUUGUCCUCUGUUGACUGUAACUUGCUUCUUUAGUAAAGGGUGUGAUACUAUUGAAUUACUUGGUCUUUGCUACUGAAAAUAUAAGUUGCGGGGACUCGUUCACUUUUGAUGUUGCAUCUCUGUCGGAUUCUUCAAAAAUACACUACUUUUGGAGAAGCUGACAUGCAUCCGUGAGAUAUGUAAUUUCUUAACGUGGUGUCUUAGAAUAUGCAUAUACCUUAUCUAUGACUUGCUAUAAUCUCAUUUGGCCCAGAUGAGAUGAGGGAAUUUUAAUAGUUUUCAUGUUCAUGGGGGGAGAUUGUACCUCCCUGAGGCUAAAGGCCGAGAAUGAUUCCCAUCUGAUCAGAUGGGAUGGCUUCUCAUCCAAUCAUUAGACGGAAAAGAGGUCAGUUUGUUGAAUCCUUUCUCUAGUACCCAAAUUCAACUUCCGAAUCAAUUUGUCUUAACUCCUUUAUAGGUUUAAGGUUUAGGAGAAGAGGAGGAUGAAGAAAUAAAGGAAUAUGUUACAUCGAAAUGCUAUUUUAUCUGUCAGUCCUUUGUUUACAUCAGAUUAUGUACUUGUCAUUGCAUAUAACACAUAUGUUAAUCAUUUAGCUUUUUCGCGACCUGGAGAUACUAAUUGGACUGAAUUCGAAAAUCGGUGGAGUCUGCUAUAUGAUUUACUACAAGAGUCGAUUCUAUCUUGUUUAUUGGGGCGCUGAAAUAGGUAUCAUUGAUGUUCAAGAUGGUCCUGAACCACGCGUAGAAUCGCGCUUGAUUCAUCUUGACGAUAAUCGUGACUUGUUUUCACAAGGUAAUGUUCAAUACUAUCUUGUUGAGGUAAAUGAUGCAUUAUUACUACUUGUUCGAUUUGGUAGAAACCGUCCAGAUGUUGAAGAUGGUGUGGACACUUGUAAAUGUGAAGUAUAUGAAUUAGAUGCAGUGGAAGGUAAGUUCAAAGAGAUUAACAACUUGGGAGAUUCAACUAUUUUUUUUGGGUCUUUCAUUGAUUCCCCUAAAGUUAUCGGAGCUGAGCCUAAUCAUAUAUAUUUUACUGACGAUUGGUUUGAAGAGAACUAUUUUUUUUGGAAUGUGGCGGUGGAAAAAACACAGGGGCUUACAAUCUUGAAGAUGGAAGUAUUGAAUCUUUUAUCCUGAAUUAUCACUGAGUCGUUCUUGUCCGCCAACUUGGGUUAUACCAUCAUUAUGAUCAUCAUGACGAUUUAUUUGUGAUCAACUAAGAGGUCUCGAAUUUGAACUUGGGAAACACAAUAAUGAUAGGAGAUUUAGGUUAGAUGGAGAGGGACAACAAAAUCUGCUCAAUUGGUAGAAAUUGUAAAUGUUGUUUUUACUAUAAGGCUAUUAGACCAAUAUCAUGCACUCGUAAAUUAGAUGUCUUGACUUCGAACCUUAUAUAUGACAUUCCUCCUUUAAGGA